CAGGAGCUCGACAGACCAGCAAGAUGUUCCGAGGUACCUACGAUGCGUCAAAUAAUCGAUCUGGCAGGCUCUGCAUUCCGAGUAAUGUUUGUGCUAAUGGGCUCUACAUGCUAAACCUGAUGUGUGUGUGUGUGUGUGUGUGUGUGUGUGGGAGCCGUCGCGCUGCGCCUGCGGCGGUGGCUGGCCUCGCCGGCCAGUGCGGCUACUCCACGGCCACAGGCUCCCAGAGGUUGGCCGGCAAGGUGGCGGUGAUCACCGGCGCCGCUAGCGGCAUCGGCAAGGCGACGGCCGCGGAGUUCGUCAGGAACGGCGCCAAGGUCGUGCUCGCCGACGUCCAGGACGACCUGGGCCGCGCCCUGGCGGCCGACUCCGCGUCCUACACCCGCUGCGACGUCACCGACGAGGCGCAGGUCGCCGCGGCGGUGGACCUCGCCGUGGCCCGCCACGGCAAGCUCGACAUCAUGCUCAACAACGCCGGCAUCGUGGGCUCCCUGGCGCGGCCUGAGCUGGGUGCGCUCGACCUCGCCGACUUCGACGCCGUCAUGGCGAUCAAUACACGGGGCGUCAUGGCCGGGGUCAAGCACGCGGCCCGCGUCAUGGCGCCGCGCCGCAGCGGCAGCAGCAUCUGCACGGCCAGCAUCGCCGGCGUGCUGGGCCAGAUGACGGCGCACCCGUACAGCGUCUCCAAGGCGGCGGUGGUGGGGCUCGUGCGCUCGGUGGCCGGGGAGCUGGCGCGCUCGGGCGUGCGCGUCAACGCCAUCUCGCCCUACUACAUCCUGACGCCGCUGGUGUUGCGCAUCCUGGAGGAGUGGCACCCGGAGGCGAGCGGCGAGGAGCACCGCCGGAUCGUGGAGAGCGACAUCAACGAGAUGGAAGGGGUGGUGCUGGAGGUGGAGGACAUCGCCAAGGCGGCGCUGUACCUGGCGUCCGACGACUCCAAGUACGUCAACGGCCACAACCUCGUCGUCGACGGCGGGUUCACGGUGGGGAAGGCACUCAACAUGCCGGCACCGGCACAGUGAAGGGACACAAUCAGAGUCAGUGUAUUGCUCUA